UUUUUUUUUUUUUUUUUUUUUUUGUUACAUAUCCUAACAUGGCCACUGAAAAGAAAAGACCAAGAGGUUUAAAAGGCAGUGCUAUUGCCAAAGCUAAUAAGAAGUCUAAAGUUGAAGAACCUACUGAAUUGCCUGAGAAUGCUCAAACCGUUGUCAUUGAUAAGGAAGUAGAAGAAGGUGAUGAAGUAGGAGAAGCUGCUGCUCUCUUUGAAAGUGCUCUUGAAAAGCUUGAUGCUGCUGAUCCUUCUGGAGCCUUACCUUUACUUCGUGGUACAAUUCACGAAUCAGAUCGCAUUUUACGUAAUCAUCAAUCUGAAAAUCCUUUACCUUCACUCUUUUAUUAUACAUACGGUUUAGCAUUAUAUGAGCUAGGUCGUUUAACCGAUGAUGAAGAAUUUGAACCUUAUUUAGAUGCUGCUGAAGAGAGAUUAAAUGAUGCUCUCGAACAUGAUACUGAAUUAGGCAAUAAAAUUCAUAUUGGCCUUGUUAAGGUUUGGCUUGCUAAGGCUUCCAAUGCUGUCUCUGAAGAUGAACAAACGAUUCCCAAGUUGGCUACAAAGGCUUUAGAUAAAUUGAAUGAUGAAACCCUUGCUAAUGUACCAUCUAAGUCUAUUAUUGAAUUAGCUGAUAUUGUUCUAAACCAUGGUGAACUUUAUGACGAUCUUGCUGCUUGUGAUAAAUUUAGAACUUGGGCUGAAAAUGCUUUAGAAAAGGUCUUGAAAGAUGAACCUAAUAACGCGAAUGCAUUGUCUGCACUUGGUUUAUCUAAACUUUCGCUCGCCAAUUAUUACUUGGAUCAUAUUGAUGAGGAACAAAAUGAAGACAAUUUGGCAAAAGAAGAAGAAAAGGCUCUACAGGAAUUUGUUCACAGUAAGAAUUAUUUUGAAUCAGCCAAGCAAGAGCUUGUCAAGAUCAAUCAAGUGACUCCUCAAAUUCUUUCAGAUUUGGCUGAAGCUUAUUUGAAUGUAGCUAACUUGACUUUAAAGGAAGAUGAACAAGCGGAAAUUUAUAAAAAGGCUGUAGAAAACAUCAAGGAAGCAAAGGCUUUGAUUGAUGAAAAGAAACUUGAAUUUAGUCUACCUGAAGCAUUGACUUCAUUUUUAGAAGAAUUUGAAGCAUAAAUUAGCAUACAUAAGUUGAGGUGUGUAUAUAGUAAUGACAACAAUAAAAAAAAAUAACAUAACAAUGUUUAGUUUUUUUUU